UGAUGACAGUAGAAUUUCAUAAGUUAACUUUUCGAGAUCUCAAAAGUAUUUAGAUCUAAGCAAGAGUGAAGUAACUUGAAAAGUUAUUAACAUGACAAAGAAGGGCAUUAAUGUAUACCAUCUUUAAUAAUUAAGUAAAUCCAAAUAGUUUAUUAAUUUCUAACUUAAGGCUCAGGCGCCUUUUUCUUACCUCGAGUGAUGACAAAACGUUGUUUAGUUUCACUUUUAGUUUUAGCGUAGUAAUUAAAGGCAGUAACGCCGACGUAACGUAUUGUUACGAUCCAUCGACGAUAGGUUGUUUCUGUAAAUCUUAACGGCUUAAACAGUUAAAGGGCCCCUGGAAGCUUUUAGUUUACUGAAAUGUAUUUUAAUGAACAUUUUUAAACUCGAGUAUGUAUCAUGUAUGAAUGUUUUGUCUUGUAAUUGCGGAAGGAACUCUGACCAAAUACAGUCACAGAAUUAUAUGAUUUUGUGAUCAUGAACUACUAUUAGUAUUACUAAUACUAUUGACUGUUCAGUGUAUUGUAUUUGUACUAAUGUCAGGCUUAAGACAGUAAAACUUAAAAGGCUAAAGAACAGUCUGUUCAGUGUAAUAUAUUCAAAUUCAAGCCUUCAACCAAGGAAAUAAAGUUGAACUUGAAGAUGGCCUAUUACUUAUGUCAGGCAGGUGAAGAAAGAAGACCAGACAGGAUUAAUGACUUUCCUCAGCUUUGGAAGUCUUAUUUGUACCAGCUUCAGCAGCAAGCUCCAACUCCAAAGCGUAUUGUAUGCUCACGUGAGGUUCCAAAUCGGCCCCCUCAUUAUGGAAGAGAGUUUCAUGGGAUGAUCUCUAGAUCUGAAACAGACUGGCUGCUUCAAGAGUGUGAUGGUUGUUACUUAGUGCGUGAAAGUCUCAGAGCUGGACAGUAUACCCUUAGCAUGAGGUUUCUGGCAGCUACUAAGAAUUUUCGUCUCUACUAUGAUGGAAAACAUUAUGUGGGGGAGAAAAGAUUUGAUACAGUACAGGAUUUGGUUGCUGAUGGACUCAUCACGCUUUACCUUGAAUACAAUGCUGCAGAGUAUAUAUCUAUGAUGUGUGUUCAAAUCAAAUAUGAAGAAAGUCCCUAUAUGACAUUGAACUCUUAUCAACAAAAAAUGCGUAAAAUGAGGAUUAAGAAACGAUCAAGUAUUUCUAGCCAAGAAAGCAACAGUACACGAUCUACUCAUGAGUAUGACAGGCCUGCUGAUGAUAGUGGGAUAUUCUCUCAGGAAGAUUCAGUAGAGGGUGACAUUGAUGUCCAUCGCUUUGAAAAGACUCACAACUUCAGGACCCAUAAUUUCAAAGGGCUACCUUGGUGUGACCUUUGUGGCAACUUCAUGUGGGGGAUUAUUGCUCAAGGUGUCAAAUGUGAAGAUUGUGGUUUUAGUGCCCAUCGAAAAUGUUCUGAAAAGAUCCCAAAUGAUUGCCUACCAGAUUUGAAGUACAUCAAGAGAGUCUUUGGAAUUGAUCUCACUACAUUAGUCAAAGCCCACAAUACCCCUCGCCCAUUUGUUGUGGAUAUGUGUAUCAAGGAGAUUGAAAACAGAGGCUUAGAGGCUGAAGGGCUGUAUAGAAUCUCAGGAUUUAGUGAUGAAGUUGAAGCUAUUAGAAUGAGCUUUGAAAAAGAUGGCUUGCAUGCAGACAUAAGUCCUGGUGCCUAUGAAGAUAUUCAUGUUAUAACUGGAGUCCUAAAACUAUUUUUCCGUCUUUUACCUAUUCCCUUGAUCACCUUUGAUACCUACCCUUUGUUCAUGAAUGGUGUUAGACAACAAACUCUAGAAGGAAGGCUUGAAGGGUUAAGAGAAGCUAUUAAUAAACUACCACCAGCUCACUACCAGACUCUCAAGUAUCUACUGGUACACUUAAACAGAGUAACUGAAAAGCAGAAACAAAACUUGAUGACACCACACAACCUGAGUACCGUGUUUUGUCCGUCUUUGAUGCGAACACCUGAUUUAAUUGCUCAGCCUGGACAACUUGCUGCCUGGCACCAAGAAAGUCUGGUCAUUGAGAUUCUUAUUUCCCACCAGAGGGUUCUCUUUGAAUAUGGUUAAAAGAAAUGUAACUGUGCUUCCUAGAUUUUAAUAUUUAUCUUCUUUUCUGUUAGUUAACCCCUCCUUCAAAAUUUGAUUAAAUCUUGUAAAAUUUCUGGGAUUGUAAGACUAAGUCAUAUCAUAUCCAAGGUAAGAAAUAUGUAUAAAAGCUUUUUUUUUGUUCACGACUGUUCAAAUUUUGUGAAGGUACCAGUCAAUAGUCAACUACUGUGCAAAAGAAUUAAUAGACUGGUGCAUGAAUAUUAUAAUUGUUAUAAAGAAACUUGAUAUAGCAUAGGCUAAAAACCAUUUUGAAGAAGGCAGAAAAUUUGUUUGUUAUUCUUUAAUUCUGGGAGCUUUGUUAUAAUUCGAUGUUGAAAAAUAUGAUUAAUCCAUUCUACAAGAAACAUUAAGAAAAUCUAAUUGUUAUACAAACUACAAGGAAUUGUAAAGGCUUCAACAUACAAUACUCACAAGCAGACUAGAUCAGUAGGUUUACUUUAUGCAUCACAAUAAAUGAGUAAGCAUUUAUAUAGAUAAAGAAUUUUUUAAGUCACUAAAAUGUUAGUAAUAGGACUUUUAAAUUCUUUUUAAGCUAGCUUAAUUUAAUCUGUAUUUUAAAAAUAAAUAACAAAACAGGUUAGACGUUUUAUCUAAUGAUGCUUAAUGUACUAAGCCUACAAAGUAUGAUACCUUAUUGUAUAAUAGGUGUAAUAUUACAAAUGAUGUUUUGUAAAUGAGUGAUAUAAGUAGCAUUUCCACAUAAUACUGUAUAUCUUAUAAUCAAGUCAGCCUGAUUAGCUCUGAUAUUGAAUAAAAGGCUUUGUUGGCCUUAUUGGAUGAUAAGUGUGACAUAACAUUGCAGUAGGACUGACAAAUAAUUUUACUGAAACUAUUAAACUUGGUGUCUUGUAAAUGACUUAUGUAAUUAGCAUUUCAACAUAAUACUUUAUGUUGUAAUUCAGUUAUUGUAUCAUAUCUGGUAUUUGUUGACAAUGACAUACAACAGAAAGAGUGAUAUGAAGUGCUACUGUGCACUCAUUCUUACUGAAACAUCCUUUAGAGGUAGUAAAGAAUGAUGUGAUGAAAAAUGUUGUUAGUUUUACUGUGAUGUCAUGCAAUGUCACGCAUAUUACCCAAGAGUUAACUUGCGUUUUCCUUUAUAAAUUUUGAGAUGUUAAAAGGAUUUAUAGAAUAUCGAGUACCACAGCUAAAGAUAAAUUAGACACCUCACUGAUUUGAUAAUGUAUUCGUUGAUAGAUCUGUUUCUUGCAGGAAAUGUUUAAUUUAAAAAAAAAAAUCAUCAGUUCUGAAAGAUCAUUCAUGCUGUUGUGCGUAUUGUAGAAAAUGGUGAAAAUUAUCUUUGGUUUUGAAUGUAGAAAAUGGUGAAAAUUAUCUUUGGUUUUGAACAUCAAUUGCAAUUGCUGUACGUUUUUUACAGCAAGCGUAACCAGGGUUCCUACUUAUGUGGAAAAAAUUGGAUAGAUGCAUUGGAAUCUGGAAAAUUAGUGUUAGAGUUUUUAGAAAAUCUGCAUCAAUUACAAAAAAAUAUUCUAGAGAAUGUAAAGAAUCAUUAUUCAAACACAUGAGAAUAAUUGUAUUUUUAGUCUUUGGGAGCUGUUUAAGUUUUAAGUUCUGUACUGAGUAAAGGUACUGGUUAUGAAUUUGACGUUUAUUAACUGUUAUGAACUACAGUUAAGUACACACACUGUAUACUAGUUUGAAUAUUCGAGUGACUGAACAAGUUUUUUAAGAAAUGACAAGGAAAAACUGAUAUCUGUGAAACUUAGGCUUAGAAUUAUGUUACUAUUUAUUCAUUCUGAAUAACAAAAUGUAACUUAGGUGCUGUGUUUAUAUAGUGAUUACUAUAAAUAAUGUAUCACAUAAUGUAUUUAUAUCUCCUUUGAAAUUUGUGAUUAUAACUUAGACUUUUUUAUACUUGUAUAAAGUGAUUGUAAGUAAUGCAUUUGGAAAAUUGCUUCAAAUUAUUAGUUCAUUAAGAAUGAAAAGUUGAAACCUUUUUCUUAUUUAGCAAGUAAAGUGUUUCAUAUACUUACAAUUAAACCCAAGUAAAGAAAAUGAAGAAAUGUUGAAUUAUUGAUUUAACUCCAAAUCAACCAAGGUGUCUGUUUCUGAAAAUCUGAUCAGUGUAGGUUUGUUUGUUUUAAACUAUUCCUAAUAUUUGAAUCAUUUUGAGGUUAGUGUAGAAAAUAUUCAAUAGCAAAAUGCAUAAAAACAUUUUAGUUUCUUGUGAAAUGUUGGAUUAAAAAUGUAGUUAAGAAAAAAUGCUUGCUAAGGCAUGACUAUAACACAAAGAUUUAAGCAUUUCAGAAUCUAAAAAUAAAUAUCGGAUAUUUUUGGCCACUUACAAUAGUGCAGAGAGUAUUGUUUUGAUGGUUAAAAAAUGUGAAGUUGAAUUACAAUGAUAUUGAAAAAUCUUUAAAAUAUAAUUCUGAAAAUUUUCAACUGGACUUUAAGGAAACUACCUUCCUACAAGACAGUUUUAUGGAAAGUAAUUUUUGUAUGUGUAUUUGGUCCUACAAAAUGAGGAAGAUAUUUGUAAUGGAAAAACAAUACGGUGAUGUGUAAGUACAGUUAAAAGAUUCAACAAAUAAAUUAUUCCAUGAGGACAAUGUCUUUAAUAAAUUUUAUCCUAAUUUGUUUUAAUGGCUAGAAUUUGAACCUAAUGCUAUACAAUAACAUGUAUAUCCCAAAACUACAGGUAGAAAGUGUUUAGUUAUAUUUAAUUAUUUAUUAUGUUUUUAAUCAUGAGCUUGUCUAUGGUUUAUAUCAGCAAACUUUAUUAUAUUUUUAUGGUCAGUAAUUUGCUUGUUAAG